CCGCCAAAACGGGGGAACCUCGUCUUGUUCCCGCCAAUACUCAGAUCGUAAAGUGCUCCUCUCUCCUCUCCUCUCUCUCUCUCUCUCUCUCUCUCUCACUAUCUCUCCUUCUGUAACUCUUUCUUCCUCUCUCAUUGCGACGCUUCUCUCUCCAACAGAAACACACACGAAGAAAUGGAUAUCAGCGAAGAAGUCAGAGCAGCUCACAAGCGAGAGUUCUUGCAGUUCCUAGAUCAAGAUGUCGGCAAGGGUUUCUACGUCGACGAAAUCAAGACCAUGAUCCACCACAGGCGGCGGCGCCGCCUCAUCGUCAACAUCUCCGAUCUCCUUGAUUAUAAGUCCGACUUGGCUCGGAGAAUCCUCAAGAGUCCUGGUGAGUACAUGCAACCCUUCUCUGAUGCGGUGACGGAGGUCACUCGCAACCUCGACCCUAAGUACUUGAAAGAAGGGGAACAAGUUCUGGUGGGCUUUGAAGGCCCCUUUGUCUCGCGCCGCGUCACGCCCAGGGACCUUCUCUCGGAAUUCAUUGGCUCCAUGGUCUGCGUUGAGGGCAUCGUCACCAAAUGUUCCCUUGUGAGGCCAAAGGUUGUUAAAAGUGUGCACUUCUGCCCUACAACUGGGUCUUUCACUACCCGUGAAUAUAGAGAUAUUACAUCAAAUAUGGGUUUACCCACAGGAUCUGUAUAUCCUACAAGGGAUGAAAAUGGCAAUAUUUUGGUGACUGAGUUCGGGUUAUGCAAAUACAAAGACCAUCAAACCUUAUCAAUGCAGGAAGUGCCUGAGAAUUCUGCUCCUGGUCAGCUUCCACGAACUGUGGAUGUCAUAGUUGAGGAUGACCUGGUGGAUUCAUGCAAGCCUGGAGAUCGUGUGGCAAUUGUGGGGAUAUAUAAAGCCCUUCCUGGAAAAAGCAAGGGCAGUGUAAAUGGAGUAUUCAGGACUGUCCUCGUAGCUAACAAUAUUUCUCUUCUCAACAAGGAUGCAAAUGCACCGAUAUAUACUCCCGAAGAUGUAAGCAACAUAAAAAAGAUAUCUGAGAGAGAUGACAUCUUUGACCUGCUUGGUAAUUCACUUGCACCAUCUAUAUAUGGUCACUCUUGGAUAAAGAAAGCAGUGAUUUUGUUGAUGCUCGGUGGAAUGGAAAAGAACUUAAAGAAUGGAACCCAUUUGCGAGGAGACAUAAACAUGAUGAUGGUCGGGGAUCCUUCUGUUGCCAAAUCUCAGCUGUUAAGAGCAAUAAUGAAUAUUGCUCCUUUGGCCAUAUCAACCACUGGUCGGGGUUCUUCUGGUGUUGGUUUGACAGCUGCAGUUACUUCUGAUCAAGAAACAGGAGAAAGAAGGCUAGAAGCUGGUGCAAUGGUUCUUGCAGACCGAGGUGUUGUUUGCAUUGAUGAGUUUGACAAGAUGAAUGAUCAAGAUCGUGUUGCCAUACAUGAAGUUAUGGAGCAGCAGACUGUAACUAUUGCCAAAGCUGGUAUCCAUGCUUCUCUAAAUGCUCGAUGUAGUGUGGUGGCGGCUGCAAACCCAAUAUAUGGAACUUAUGACCGCUCGUUGACACCUACAAAGAAUAUUGGACUUCCGGACUCCUUGCUUUCUCGUUUUGAUUUGCUUUUUAUUGUAUUGGAUCAAAUGGAUCCUGAUAUAGAUCGUCUAGUCUCAGAGCAUGUCUUACGUAUGCAUCGAUAUCAUUCUGCAGUAGAUGGAGAUGGGAUGGCAAUUGAUGGGAGUUCAAGAUACGGACAAGAAGAUGAUUCUGAGACAGGUUCAUCUGUCUUUGUCAAGUAUAAUCGGAUGCUACAUGGGAAGAAAACCGAAAGGGGUCGAAAGCGUGAUACACUCACCAUCAAGUUUCUUAAGAAGUAUAUUCAUUAUGCGAAGCACAGGAUCCAGCCUGAGCUGACUGAUGAGGCAUCGGAACACAUUGCAGCUACAUAUGCAGACCUACGAAAUGCCAGUUCAAAUGCUAAGACUGGGGGAGGGACACUUCCAAUUACUGCCAGAACCUUAGAAACAAUCAUACGGCUGUCUACUGCUCAUGCCAAGCUGAAGUUGAGCAGAAAGGUUACUAAAUCAGAUGUUGAAGCUGCUCUUAAAGUUCUUAAUUUUGCCAUUUAUCAUAAAGAGUUGACUGACAUGGAGGAGCGAGAGCAAGAAAGGGAGAGAGAAUUUGAGAGAAAUCACAGAGCUGAUCGCCAAUCUGGCGGUAGAACUGGAAAUGGUUUUAGUGCUCAUAGAGGAGGUGCAACAAGGGAUGCCAUGGAAGUAGACAAUCCUCCCAUUGAGCAAUCUGGUGCCACUAUUUCCCAGGAGAGAAUCGAAGCAUUUAAUUCUGCAUUUGGUCAGCAUAUGUCCACAAACCACUUGGAGAGCAUAUCUAUUGCUGAUAUUGAAGAGGUUGUUAACAUUGGAGCAACUGUACGUUACUCACGGACAGAGAUAGUAUCCCUGUUAAAGAGACUAGAAGAUGCUAACAGCUUGAUGCUAGACAAUGAAACAGUGUACAUGAUCUCUGGUUGAAGGAAGAGUAUGCAGCGGGAGCAUUAUAUGCUGAAUCUGCUCAGAAGUUACCUUUCAACGGGGUAUUUAGCAUAUAACUUUUUCUGAUCUGCUGUGCUUCUGGAUCGGCCUAUUAGAGGUGCCUUGCUCAAAAGAUGAAUGAAGCUAAAAAGACAGAAUGGAGGACCGUUCUAAAUCAACUAUCAUUUAUUUUGGUAGGGCAGUGGAGUGUGUAGAUAUAUGUAUUUUUGCAUAGCAUGUGUCAAGUGUUCAAUUUUUAUCAGGAGCAAUGCAAGUUUUGCAGGAAUUAAUCAAGUUUUCCAGAUUCAACAACCCUCGGAACUUGUUUAUAUAUAGCAUUAAAUUUCGACCAGCUUGAAAUUGGAAUUUGAAAAGUGGGUGAGCUUAUGUUGGUUUAUGGUCAAAAUUUUGACAGUGUUGACUGUUGUAUCAUCACGUCAAUUGGCAUUAACAUGACUAAAUUGACUUUUGCAAAGUCGGUGGGCUUUGAGUAAACUAAUUUUCCAUUA